GAUGGUCUUCGCCGAGGGGGACUUCCCCGAGAGCUACACACCCACGGUGUUUGAGCGGCUCAGCGUUAAUCUGCAAAUGAAGGGCAACCCUGUGGAGCUCCAAAUCUGGGACACAGCAGGACAAGUCGAUUAUGACCGCCUGCGGCCCCUCUUCUACCCUGACGCCAGUGUCCUGCUCCUCUGCUUCGAUGUCACCAACCCACACAGCUUUGAGAACAUCUUUAACCGGUGGUACCCAGAGGUGAAUCACUUCUGCAAGGAGGUGCCCAUCAUCCUCGUGGGCUGCAAGACGGAUCUGCGCAAGGACAGGUCCCUGGUGAAGAAGCUCUGGAAAAAUAAGCUGGAGCCCGUGACCUACCACAGGGGCCAGGAGAUGGCGAGGUCCGUGGGAGCAGUGGCCUACCUGGAGUGCUCGGCGCGGCUCCGGGAAAACGUCCACGCCGUCUUCCAAGAGGCCGUGGAGGUGGCUCUCAGCAGCCGCAGGCGCAACUUCUGGCGGCGGAUCACCCGGAGCUUCUGCGUGCUGACCUGACAGCGUGGGCCCUCCCUGCCCAGUCGCCCAGCAGCGCCGGACGGAACUGUGCGCUGACCUCUGCCCAGUUCCCAGGCUGUCACCCAACCACCCUUCAGACCCGUGGUCAGCACAGAGGCCAGGCCCCUCGUGCUGGGGCUGAGAUCCCUGAACUGAAGUGAAAUCUCCCUGAGACCUGAGGAAGGGGGUUCCCUGGGCGCCCCCCUGCCCUGUGGAGGGCUAGUCCUGGAGACCCCACGCGCCCAGCCCUGGACCGCACAUCCAGGAGUGGCCACGCAGCCUGGGCCACCUCGCGGCUGUUCUGGGGGCUGCACUUUCCGCUCCUUCAGGCAGGACCUGGCGGUCCCAGGACCACUCCCACCCCCACCUGGGCCAGACUCACACCUGGCCCCUUACUCCUGCCCUUCCCAGUGGUAACUGUAAGGACUAAAACAACAUCGCCUGUCAGUUGUGGCACGCCUCUUGUUUCAAAAUGCCUUUACACACAUGUUAUAUGGUGGAUCAGCGCCCACCCCGUGUAGGCGCUGGGGUGGAACUGCCUGGAGCCAGGCCCCGCCCUUGAACCCGCCCUUAGCUUCUUCACUUUCUUGGAGAGCUCCAGCACCAUGUGUCAUGGUCCUGUCUGUCUCCCAGCGGGCGGCCAGCUUCCCUAGAGCUGGUUUAGUUGGAAUGUCCGGUGCCUCAAGCAGUGCCUGGCGCACAGCAGCACAGUCACAGCCCUGCCCCAGAAGGAAGUCCAACUCCUGCAGCCGGGAACUUGGGCUCUCCUGCAUCUGACCACAGCCCACCUUCCCCAUUGGAUGCCCGGGACCUCUGACACCCCAGCCACACCGGGAGCACUAACACCCCUACCAGCCUCCAAGCCUUCGGCUGUCCCCCCCCACCUCGGCACAUCCUUCCUCCCAGUCACUGCCUGUUCACCCCCGAGUCCUUCAGGGUCCAGCUCAGACGCCACCUUCUCCAGCAAGCCCUUGGAUCUGCCGGCUUCCUCACCCCCACUCACUGCGCCCACACCAAGGCGCCCACUGCCUGUGUCAGCCCCUCGGCUAAGGCCCCGGACUUUCUUCCUGUGCCAUGAGAGAGCCCAGCCUAGACUCCUGAAGAUGACAGGUGUGGCGGCGGGACCAGGUGUCUGGGAGGGUGGAGGUGGGAGCGGGAGACCAGUUGGGCAGCUGCAGUCGUCCAGAAACCAGAAACAAGCCACCACAAGUCGAGGCCAGGUGACUCUGGGUGGCAAGGAUGGACUGCCAGAAGGGUGGGGACGCUGGAAGGGAGGGAAGAAUGCUGGCCUCUGCCCUGCAUGAGAGACCUGCAGAGAGGCGGGGGUGUCCGGUGGCUGGUCUCCAGCUGCAGGCCACAUGCAGCCAUCGGGUGUCGCAGGAGGACACAGUGAGCACUUGGAUACACCCGCUGAGAGCCAGGGCUGGUGUUAGGGCUGGUUGUUAUCCUCCUCAGCUGCCAAACCUCUCUCUCAAUUCCUCACAGCCCCACCUGGCAGGGCAGGCACAGCCUGGCACGUGGAAGCCAGGAAAGGCAAGCCCAGAGGCCAGCAAGGCUGAGAGCCACAAACCACAGUCUGCGUUUCAACUUACUGCCUCCGCCGGCCUCAAAGGGCAGAGGCAGGGACCCCAAGGCCAUGCCUCCAGGACAGGCCACUCCCUGGCAUCAUCGGGUGGACAGGGUGGGGCACGCUCUGUGAGUCAUGACGCUUCCCUCUCCCCUCUGCCUGGGCAGCACCUGGGCCCCACAUCUGGGUGUGGGGAGCGGGUGGUGGCUGGCAGAUCACCCCAUAUCCGGUCACCUUCUUUGCUCUCUCUGACCUCCUGCUCCUGUGGAAGGUGAGGACUCCUGGUCCCCAGGAAGUCAUCCCGAAGCCAAUGGCAUAGGAAUCAGGGAGUCGACAAAGCCUGUGACCGGCUGGGGAGCAGAGAGAGAUCCGAAACUGACUGACUGACCACCCGCCCUACCUUCCAGGGCUUGACCUCCAAGUUAAAUGCUUCUGAUUAAGGUCGGAUUUGAGAAAGUAUGAGAUCUUCCUGAGUUCAAAUCCUGGCUCUGCAGUUCACCAGCUCUGUGACCUUGGAGGAGUCCCUAGGACACUUAUUUGGAAAAUGAGGGUGAUUGUAGGACCUACCUCUUGGAGGUUGGAUUAAAUGAGUUCAC